CUAAUGUAAUCUAACCCAACCUAUACAUUCAUAGUUUACGGUGCAAUUAUAAGAAUUUUUGAAAAGUUAUGUAGGUUCAUAAAGGUGCCCUCAUCAGUCACCAUUGCGUAUACCGGCUAGGUACGGCAUUGGCAGCAAGCUGUGACGUCGCUGACGCAUGCGCAUAAAGCUCUCGCGUGAGAAAAUCUCACGACUGCCCAACACUGGCGUGAAUGUGGCUGCGCGUUGUCUUCGGUUAUAAAGUGUGCUAACGUGCUAACCAAUCGGAGCUAGUUCGUACAGGAUGAAGAAAUGUUCAUUAGGUGUCGAGCGUCAGUCAAGCAUGUUCUUCCAUUUUUGAUUGAACAUAUACUAGUUUAUUUUACUUACUUUUUAAUGCUGAAAAGAAAAGGAAAUGAACUCGGAUUUAUAAUACUUUUUACGGGAUGUAAUAAUGCAACUGUAAGGAUUCCUAUGGAGAAUUACCCUAAUUAAUAAAAUAUGUAAGUAUAAUAGAUAUUGUGAGAUUGGUGAGCAAGGUAUAAAAACUUUUUUAACAAAUAAGUUGUUAGAAAAUUCCUAUCAAAAGUAUAAAUUUAAUUGAAUACUGUAAAAGAAUUUAUGGAUAUGAUACAGAAUAUGAGGUAUUGUAUUUUGUAAUAUAAGUUUAAAAUCUAGUUAUAUGUUAUUAAAUAAUAGGUUUUUAGAAGUUUGGAUAUGAUUCUGGGUAUUGCAUACUUAGGUUAAGAUAUAAAAUUUAUUAUUUUAAGAAAUAUGAAACAAUAAAUUAAAAUAUGGAUAUUUUUAUGGUAUUGCAAGAAAUAACAUGGAUAUGAUACAAUUGAUUGCAUUCUUAAACUGUAGUUUAAUAUUUAAAAUUUAAUUUUUUUAGCAGAGUAGCUUUUUUUAAAAAUGAGGAUUAUGGAUAUGUAUUGCAAAAAUAUGGAUAUGAUACAAAGUAUGUUGCUGAUUAUGUUUUACAUCUUAUAUUUUUUGUCAAAGUUGGAUAUGAUUCAGAGUAUUGAAUUUUUCAAUUAACGUUUAGAAUUCAUUAUUUAAAAGAAACAUAGGUGAAUAUAUGGAUAUUACUGAGAGUAUUGCAUUAAAUAAUAUGGAUAUGAUACAUUGUAUUGCAAUUUUGAAUAUGUAUAUGGAUUAUGACAGAGUAUUGCAAAAAGAACUAUGGAUAUGAUACAAAUUGUAUUGCACUUCCUAUUACAAGUUAGAGACUAAACAUAUUUUAUUACUUAAAAUUUCUUUUCAUGCCAAAAGGUUGGAUAUGGUUCAGAGUAUUGCAUUUUUCAAUUAUAAUUAGGUCAGGUUAAUAAUUAAAAUAUUUCUAUGAGUAUUGCAAAACAAUAUGGAUAUAAUACUAUGUAUUGUAGUUUUUAUCAUAUAGAAUAUGAAUGAGUAUUGUGAAAAAGAUAUGGAUAUGAUAAAAUGUAUUGCUUUUUCUAAAAGUUGGAUGUGAUUCAGAGUAUUGCAUUUUAAAUUGUAGAUAUAAGUUAUUACAGCUGUGUAUUAAUGUAAAUCAAUAAAUAACUGAGUUAUAAUUGAAUAUUGUUUUCAGGUAUAUGAUAAAUGUUUUCUUCAAAUAGAUAACAGCAGAUGUUCUGGAUGUAUAAUUAAGUAAGGUUUGACUUACUUUAACUAAACAUUGUACUUACUUUUAAAUAUGUGUAUUAUAUAUUCUGCUUUCUAUGUAUUUUUGUAAAUAAAAUUUGUUGUAUUAUGUGAAUUGCGUUUUACUAUGUAAUGGAUUGUAUAAUAAAAAUACUAUAAAAAUAAAGGAAGUUAGGUCGAAAGUUAGGUUAACUUAGGAAAGGGUAUUUCCUAAUAAAAGUACAGUUUCAAAAACGUGUAGUUCAUCCCGCUCGCCGAAGAGAUGGCGCCAAUUGUUCCAUUUUCAUGAAAUUUCAAUAAUAGCACCGCUCGUCGGUAGAUAGCGUCGUCAAUUCCUUCCGGUUAAAGUGGGUAAAAAUACACAUUUUAAAAAAUAUAAGGAAAGAAUCUGUACCAGUGGCUGCUAUUUUCCGCAGAGAAGACAAAUUUGCACUGAAUGUACAUUCGCUCGUUACAUAUCGUAACAAAAAUCUGUUUUUCCUUGACCUAAUCGAUAUGGAAGAAAACUUCAGGACCACCUUAUACUCUUGCAUUACAAAAAUGCAUUAAAUGAGUGGUCUAUCCUAUAUCUUGUCUGUGGUUGUAUACAAAGAAGAUCGAUAUCAGCAUGGCGGUAAAGGAGCGGCUCUGUUCAGUGUGAUUGAAAAUCAAGAUUAUUAUGGCUCAGAUUUUAUAUUACAUAACAGGAAAGUGCAUUUCCACCGAAGUGCAUUUUUCACGACACUCAGUAUCAUCUUGAGCUACUGUAAGAGCUUAGCGGAAAAGUCGGUAUUAAAUUUGUUAUAACGAGUGAGAAAACCGAGACAAUUUGACAUUUGAUAAUUGGAAAUUGAAGUCCCAACCUCGACAUACCGAACCGUAAACAGUCACCAUGGCAAAACCUCUUAGUAUAUCAGAAUCAUAGCAAGUUAUAGACAUUAAUAUUAUGUCUGUGAUUUUGUAAAAAUGAAAAUUGGUAAAUUUUCACAAUUGCAUAUAGAACAUUUUUAUCAAUUAUUUCAGGAGAAAUGAUGAUAGUGUUUGUUUACGACACUGCAAGGUGUUGUAAAGAAGAUGAUGAUCCUGCCGAGGCAGUUAUGUAUUUCCAUCCAGCAUGGGUAUCUCUUACUCAAAGACUAGCUUUAGCAGGUCAAUUGAUGGCUGUUAAUCAGUUUCUUACCUCUUCUUUUUCUGCUCCAAAAUCAAUUACAUUACAGGGUGGAAAAUUUGUGUUAAAAAAAUUUGGCCAGUAUGUACUUGCAGUAGGAACUGAUAGGAAUAUUCAUGAUUGGGUUCUAGAAAGGCGUGCAAAUACAUUGGAAUCAUUAUUACAAUUUUUCCAUUGUGAUCUCAAUAAAAUAUUAGAAUCAUUUAAUAAUGAUAGAAAUAAAUUUACCGAAAAGUUAUAUCAAAUGUUUGAAACAUAUUUGCCAAUUCUUCAAUAUAGUGCCAAUCUUUUUUCUAACAUUCCUAUUAUUAAACUUCCAAAGAGUGCUAGUAACAUAUUUUUAGAAGCAAUUCAAGUUUUACAAUAUUGUCAAGAAACUAAUGGUAUUAUGGGUGGUGCACUCUUCUAUAACAAUAAGGUAGUUGCUACUCAACUGAGUUCUGAUUUGACAAAACAAAUUGUUAUAACUGAUCCAUAUAGAAUAAAGGCCCCAGCAGAGAGAAUAUCAACUGAAUUUCAUUUACCUGUUGGAGUGCAGUUAAUGAGGGUGUACAUUGAACAAAAACAAUUCACGAAACUCUUACAAGAAGCAAAUAAUGAACGAUAUUACAGUUCUUAUUUGGAUUCUGCUGCAAAAAAGACCUUACAAAGAAAGAAUAUGUCCAAGAAUGCUAAAGAAUUACCUUUAUCUGGGAUGAAACGUGACACUUCUCGUAUUUUUACUGUACCUGAAGAAGGAGAAUUAGAUUCAUCACAGUAUAAUGAUAAUAGCCAUUAUGUAUCUUCCGUUCCACUUACAACUUACAAUUCUCCAGUUAAGCGCAAACAGGAAAGUAAAUCAGACCGUCCUAAGUGUGCAAAUCCUUUAACUCCAAGUGUUUGUUCUACGCCUUUAAAAGAUAUUAAUAGAGUGUUGCAUGGCAAUGUCAUGUUAAUAUGUAACACGAACGAGGAAGCAAAUGGUGAAACAGAAGAAGAAAAGAAAGAAGUGAGAACAAAUGUUGAUGACAUUCCAGAUGUUGUUAAAGAAGCACUUAGAUGUAAACGUUUAAAUAAAUUACGAAACGAAACGCCAAAAGAAAAACUAGUUAAAAGGAAAGAAUUCAGUAAAAAAAGUUUAAGCAUGCAUGAUUUAGAAUCAUCUACAAAUUUUUACACUAAUCGAAUAUCAGUUAGAACGUACGGACUAGGUUUACCGCAGACGAAAGCCAGUAUGUCUCCUGAAUCUUCCCCUCGAAGGAGACCUAUGCAUAGGAGACAGUUUCAUACAAUUACUGAUCCUUGUUAUCCUGUAUUUCGAUGUGAUGGAUUGCCAGCAUCUCAAUCUCUGUACGAGCAAUACAUAUCUUCGCAUUAUGAAGAACUUAAAGACGAUCAAAACUAUUUAGUAAAUCACAACGACUUUUUAGUAAGUUUAACAAAAAAUUGUGAUGCGAAGAAUAUGACUAACAACUGUGAUACAAUAACUAGUAAUAAUUCUGAAAAACCGGGUAAUUCUCGUGACAUAAAAUUAGGUGAUAAAACAAAACAGGAAACUUAUCGUAGAUCAAUGAGUCUUCCUUUAAAACCACUCAAUAUUACCGACAACGAUGAUAGACGAAAAUCAACAUCAGAAUGUGGCAACUCGUAUGAUUUUCUUCAGAAGAAAAAACUAGAUGGUCUACAAUUAACACCUCUCAUGUCCAAACUUAGUUUACUUGCUGAUGAAAGAACCAGUGGUUUUUGUAGUAGAGAAACUACUCCCAGCGAAUUUCGUGAUUUGUCUGGAUUUUCAACGACAACAAAUCAAUUGAUCAAACAAAAAUUAGAAGCAGUUAAUAAGGAAACUGGUAGUGAUGGAGAGGAUGAACUAGAAGAAGAUUGGGUAACUACAUCUAAGAAUGAAGUUUGUCUUGAGAAAACGGAAUUAUUUCUUUGUGGACAUCAAAAUAUGGUAUUAGUAUUGUUAAUGGAAAACGGAACUGCCAAUAAUCCUGAUCUUAUACAUUUUCUUUGGCAAACUUGUGUAAGUACAUUAGGAAAACUCGAAGCAAGAUUGCAGCAAUGUCUAGAACCUAUGCCGUCAAAUGAAAAUAAAGAGUUAUAUAGUAUUUUAAGUAUUGAUCCCCAAUGGGAUACGAUACAUCGUUCUGGACUUUGGGGUGUCACUGAAUUGGACAUUGUUUCUUGUCUUCAUGAUAGAUUCAAGCAUGCUAGUAACCUCACGGAUAUCAUUGUCAGAACGGAAGAUACUGUUGUUUAUGGUAACCAGUGUGGAAACAUAGAGGUAUUUUAUCAACAAGCAGUGGCUCCAAAUACCUCUGGAGGACUUCCGACUCCUGCAGAUUUAAUGGGAAUUGUAUCUCUUAAAGCAAAACGUAGACUAGAAAGAGAUCACGGGAUUGUAUUACUAUAAAUUACAAUUAUCUACAAAUAUCUACAUUACAACAUCAUUCCAGAUUAAUUUAUUUCAUUUAAUAUUGUGUUUAUUGUAUAUUAUGGCAUGCCAAAGUAAUGAUACAAUAUCACAUUUUGUACAUAUUUUUUGCGUAUAGUAAUAGGUAAAUUUUUCGAAUUUCUUAAUUAUUAUCACAGGAACAUUCUCUUCACCUUGUUACAUGAUAAUACAAGGACAUCGAAAAACGAGAAUGUAUUCCUGCAUUUAGUAAUUAGCAUGUAACAGUAGUUGAAUUUUUAUUACUAUAGUGAUAACUUUCUAAUAAUCGUGCAUAGAUAUCACGUAUACAUUUGAACGUGUAUAUAGAUAGUAUCAUAUUUAUUUAAAAUGUCCACAUCAUGAGUAAGAAACAAUGAGUUCAAAUUUUCAUAUCUUUCCAGAUAUUAAAAUGAUAAACGUUCUAUUAAUUUAAUUAACUAAUCUUACAA